ACGCCUGUCACAAUAGCUGGUGUCGCAAUGGUGGCGACGGAGAGACAUUGAAUGACUUUGGCUCCAUCCCGAAAAUAGCCGGUGAAUUGGUUUUGUUGUUGAUCAAACUGAAGACAUGGAGGCGCUUAUUCCUGUUAUAAACAAGCUCCAGGAUGUGUUCAACACAGUGGGGGCGGAUAUUAUCCAGCUCCCACAGAUAGCUGUGGUGGGGACGCAGAGCAGUGGAAAGAGCUCUGUCCUAGAGAGCCUGGUGGGCAGAGACCUGCUCCCCCGUGGGACUGGCAUUGUCACCAGGCGGCCUCUCAUCCUCCAGCUGGUCCACGUCGAACCUGGAGAUGCUCGUAAAAUUGAGGACAGUGGCAGAGAAGGCGAAGAGUGGGGGAAGUUUCUGCACACCAAAAAUAAGAUUUACACAGAUUUUGAUGAAAUUAGGCAAGAAAUAGAAGCAGAAACGGAGCGAGUGUCAGGGAAUAAUAAGGGCAUCAGUGAUGAGCCCAUUCAUCUGAAGAUAUUCUCUCCUCAUGUUGUCAACCUCACCCUAGUGGACCUGCCGGGUAUCACCAAGGUGCCUGUGGGCGAUCAGCCGAAAGACAUCGAGAUCCAGAUCAGAGAUCUCAUCCUGAAGCACAUCUCCAACCCCAACUGCAUCAUUUUAGCUGUCACCGCCGCCAACACCGACAUGGCCACGUCGGAGGCCCUCAAGGUAGCCCGGGAGGUCGAUCCUGAUGGCAGGAGGACGCUGGCAGUGGUGACCAAACUCGACCUGAUGGACGCUGGCACUGAUGCGAUGGAUGUGCUGAUGGGCCGAGUCAUUCCUGUCAAACUGGGACUCAUCGGAGUGGUCAACAGGAGCCAGUUAGAUAUCAACAAUAAGAAGUCAGUCGCCGACGCAAUCCGGGAUGAACAUGCUUUCCUGCAGAAGAAAUAUCCCUCUCUGGCUAACAGGAACGGGACCAAAUACCUGGCAAGGACCCUCAACAGGCUACUGAUGCAUCACAUCCGAGACUGUCUGCCGGAGCUCAAGACACGGAUCAACGUCCUGGCCGCUCAGUACCAGUCCCUGCUCAGCAGCUACGGCGAACCCGUGGAGGAUCAAAGCGCCACCUUGCUCCAGCUCAUCACCAAGUUUGCCACAGAGUACUGCAACACCAUCGAGGGCACGGCCAAAUAUAUUGAGACGGCAGAGCUGUGUGGGGGAGCCAGAAUAUGUUACAUAUUCCAUGAGACUUUUGGUCGAACCUUGGAGUGUGUGGACCCUCUGGGAGGACUCAGCACCAUCGACAUCCUAACAGCCAUAAGGAAUGCAACCGGCCCUCGCCCGUCUCUGUUUGUGCCCGAGGUUUCCUUCGAGCUCCUGGUGAAGAAGCAGGUGAAACGCCUGGAGGAGCCCAGUCUGCGCUGCGUGGAGCUGGUGCACGAAGAGAUGCAGAGGAUCAUCCAGCACUGCAGCAACUACAGCACGCAGGAGCUGCAGAGGUUCCCCAAACUCCACGAGGCCAUUGUGGAAGUGGUCACCUCCCUCCUGAGAAAGAGACUGCCCAUCACCAAUGAGAUGGUCCACAACUUGGUUGCAAUAGAGCUGGCCUACAUCAACACAAAACACCCAGACUUUGCAGACGCCUGCGGGGUCAUGAACAACAACAUUGAGGAGCAAAGAAGAAACCGGAUGAGAGAGCUGCCCGCCACGGUGCCAAGAGAUAAGUCUCUUGCCAAAGGCCCGGCUGGCGAGCCCCCUGCAUCUGGAGCAGACACGGACGGUGCCAAGGUGCCAGCAGCAGGGCCUCACAGCGAUCAGGACGGCACGGGCACCUGGAGGGGGAUGCUCAAGAAAGGAGAGGAAGGCCCAGGCUCAGGCCCCGGAAGCCCCCUUAAAGGAGCCGUCAACCUGCUGGAUGUGCCGGUGCCGGUAGCCAGGAAGCUGUCGUCACGUGAGCAGCGGGACUGUGAGGUCAUCGAACGCCUCAUCAAGUCUUACUUCCUGAUUGUGCGCAAGAACAUCCAAGACAGUGUGCCCAAGGCGGUGAUGCACUUCCUGGUCAACCAUGUGAAGGACAGUCUCCAGAGCGAGCUGGUGGGCCAGCUCUAUAAAUCGGGCCUCCUCAACGACCUGCUGACCGAGUCGGAGGACAUGGCCCAGCGCCGCAAGGAGGCGGCCGACAUGCUCCAGGCGUUGCAGAAAGCGAGCCAGGUGAUAGCUGAGAUCAGAGAAACACACCUGUGGUGAACUCUGACACAACGCACUGGAAUCACAAGUACCUUCAAGAUGAAAACUCAACUGUAAACGUUGUCAAAGGACAUUUAACCUUAUGUGAGAAGGAACAAAUACUCUCCUCCUGGCCGCUCGUUGUGUCGCUCCAUUGUCCACGCUGUAAAUGACAAUAUUUAUGUACUUCCUGUGCAUGCGUGCAGUUUGCGCGAAUGUUUACAAGUGGUGUGAAACUUAGGAUGCUUCGUUAACUGCUGCACUUACAUUAGGCACACCACCAAUAUGACCAUGCAAACAUACAAGCAUUGGCCCCGCCCCUGUCACCUGAUUGGUGUUGAGCCGAGGAUCAAGAUGUUUGAUGGACUGAGCUGCUCCUGACCGCCCGCACAAACUAGUUGUACUGUACAAACAAAUCCUGUUAAAUGAAGCUUUACAAUUCAUUGUGAUGCCACAAUAAAGAAACCUUUCAUUUUUGUAGUCAUUUUUAUUCAACUAUCUAGCCAUCUAUUGCCACGAGGGGGUGUAAUGAUUCCACUACUUUUAGCAACCACAGGAGGGCGCAAGUCUCUAGCUAGGGUUGACGCUGAACCCGGAAGUAGAAUCAGCGCAACUUGUUGCGGGAUCAUUUAAAAUGAAAACAGACUUGCAUGCAAUUUACCGAGUAAACACAGGGCCAGCAUAACCGGUAUUGAUGCUUUUCACUAUUUAAGAUCACUGAACGACCAAACACGUGAACAAGUACACUGUGGCCAAAGUAUUUAAAUUGCUCCAUGCUAAGAUUAUGUGUUUGCUCCGUUACCCACACCCUUAUUGGCCACGCCCCCAAAUUUGAGGAAACACAGAAACCCAUCUAACCACACCCCUUUAAGACCACCACCAAUCGGGUCUGGGAGUUCUAAACUCUCCGCAGUACUUAAUGAAAGGUACCUUUUAUUAGCAGUAGUUUUAAUGAAAGUGAAUUUGAGGAUUGAUCGAGGCCACUUUGACAUAAAAGUAAAGCACAUAUAUUGUUACAUUAAUUUACAUACACUGUAGUAGGAUUGCUACAUUAUACCUUUUAUCGCUCGUUUUUUGUGGUUUAUUUCUAGAUUGUGCCAUGGGGCCAAUGAAAAACAAGCCCCUGGGACAACCCCCCCUCCCCGAGUUCAUAUGAAAACAGCAAAACAAUAAAAGGUGUGAAAGAUCAAUGUGUUUAUUACUGCUGUUGCUGUCAAAGAGUACAAUGUUGACAUUCAUCCAGUUGGAAGGUGUCCAUUUGCGUGACAUUGUGUGCAUGUGCGCACACACACACACACACACACACACACACGCUAAUUACCAUAGUGUGUAUUGUAGCGUUGCAGAGCCUACACAAAGUGUCUGGUUAAAUAUGAUCAAACAAAACAAAAAG